UUCAUAGAACAAACACGGUGAGGCCUACCGGAUCCUCGGUCUUUACCGUGGAGACUCUACCGAAGACGACCACACCAACAUUUAUCCUACGUUCCCCAGCAAGUGAAUAGCUGCAUUUUGUUGUUCGGGGUUUCUCAGAUUCAGUAACAACGCAUUGCCUGAGAAAAUAUGGAAGCUCCUCCUGUUACAGUGAUGCCUGUCACCGGGGGAACGAUCAAUAUGAUGGAAUACCUGCUGCAAGGCAGUGUGUUAGACCAAGCCCUGGAAAGCCUAUUGCAUCGUCUUCGAGGUCUGUGUGACAACAUGGAACCUGAGACCUUUACAGAUCAUGAACUGGUUUAUCUUCUGAAAGGCCAACAAGGGAACCCUUUCAUUCUUCGUGCCCGGCGCUCCCUCUCCCACCCCACGUCGCCGUGGCACCUACGCUACCUAGGCCAACCUGAAGUGGGAGACAAGAGCCGCCACGCACUGGUGCGCAACUGUGUUGACGUGGCUGCCUCUCACAGCCUGCCAGAGUUCCUUAAUGAGAUGGGCUUCCGCAUGGACCAUGAGUUUGUGGCCAAUGGGCACAUUUUCCGCAAAGGUGCUAUGAAAGUUGUGGUUAGCAAGCUGUCACGCAUCCUGGUACCGGGGAACACAGAGAACACAGAACGUCUAUCACUUUCUUUCUUGGUGGAGCUGAGUGUGUCGGCCCCCGCCGGCCAGGACACUGUGUCAGAGGACAUGCGCAGCUUUGCUGAGCAACUCAAGCCCCUGGUUCACCUGGAGAAGAUUGACCCCAGCAAACAGAGACAUUAAAUGACUGAAAUUAAUCAUUUAGUGGGUCAAGUCAUCUCUGACUGCCAUGAUAUGGACAAAUUAGAGCUAUUUUUUUUAAAAUACUGUUUACAUUUGAACUAAAAUGAAAUACACUUCAACUUUGACUUAAUGGU